AAGGGAGCAUAGGCAGCCAUGCAGACAUCCGUGGAGUUAAAGAAAUCUAUCUCUGCCAGUAAAGAGACAGAGAAGCCCAUGAAGAGCUAUGGAGCAGUGGAGGAGACUGACUGGAAAGCAGGAGGCACAAGUCAGCUUGACAUUGUAUCCAUGGCCGAGACAACUAUGACACCUGACGAAAUAGAACUGGAGAUGACCAAAAUUCAGAGGCUCCGAGAAGUUUUGGUGAGAAGAGAAUCUGAGCUCAGAUUCAUGAUUGACGAUAUUCAGUUGUGCAAAGAAAUCAUGAGCCUGAAACAAGAACUCCAGACUUUAGUAGAUGUCCAAGAGAAGGACAAAUCAAACCCACAGAAGAAAAAUGAAGAUGAGUUGAUUCAGAAGAUCCAGAAGCUGGUGCAGAAAAGGGAUUUCCUGGUUGACGAUGCAGAAGUGGAGCGAUUAAGGGAAAAAGAAGAAGACAAAGAAAUUGCAGAUUUCCUCCGGAUUAAAUUAAAGCCCCUGGACAAAGUGACAAAACCAGCUGCUAAUACUGUAUCAGAGAAGAAAUCAGAACUCCCACCAACCAAGCCUUCCAUUACAAAAACAGGAAUGGCCAUCCUCAAAGAUUGCUGUGGCACAACUCAGUGCAGCAUUAUGUAACACAUGAUGCCCAGAUGAUCAUCAGAACGCUCCAAUGGGAUGAUGGGUUUCACUUGAAAGGAUUCAAAGCAUCCAAAAUCCUGCUAACCUGAACCGUAUGUGCUGUAAUGCAUUUACCAAUAGUGUAUCAAUAGUGAAACUCUCACUGUUGCAUGGAUCACUCAAAGAGCAUGUCAAAAAAGAGGAGUGUAUUUACCAGGGUACAUAAUAUACAAGUUGGCCAGCAAUCAUUUCUGGUUUGUAACAGCACUUAGUAAAAGUUGCCGUUCGCAUUCCGGCCCCUUGUGAGAAUGCAGCAGCAGUAUGAAUGUUACUUAAGAAUGACCAUGCAUAGUGAGCCUCAUAAAGGUCCAACCUGAAUAACACAGCUACUCCACACAGGGACAGUUAUACUUAUAUUAUUACACUGCCAUUAAAACUCAUUAUUGGUAGAUAGAAAUCACAUGGCCCAAUUUCUUCAUUUUAUUGCAUACAGCUUUUGGUCUUAGGGGGUAGAGUGCAGCUACUGUGCCCUAUUCCAAUUGCUUGCCUUCUUUUCUGAAAAGGUACCCCAAGUAUAAAUAACGCAAAUAUUUAGAUUGAAGGUGACAAAUAACCCAUAGAAAACUUUUGGGUGCAUUUUUAAAUGGAUGCUUGCUGAAUAUUAUCUACAUAAAGGAGGAUUACAUUGUACAUAUGGGGGACUGGGAAAGAUUACAUUUGAGACCGGGAGCAGACCUCCUGGCAACCUGCCCUAGCUCCCAGUAUUACAGGUACAAGAGAAAUAGCAGGAGGGGGUACUACAAGAUAAGUCUGAUGGGGUGCAGAAAGAAAUAAUGGUUUGGUACCUUGGUGUCACUAGUAUUUAACUAGAAAAAGAAAUAAAGUUUGUACAUCUUGUUAGGAAAGCAGGAAAUUAUGGCAAACUUUGUGAUUUAGUAAACAGGCUGCUUGUUUGUGGUUUGUUGCAUAUUCCAAGAAAAAUACCUGCUUUCCUAUCUAAUAAUUAUGCCUCCAAGUGUCCAACUUAUUUUCCUUUCCCUCAGCCUCUAUGGUGAGGAUUUUCAAUGAUCAAACUCGAUGGACAAUACUUCUUCUAACUUUCAUGUGUAAAGCUGCAUUGUAUUCAGACUGCACUGAAUGACGGCAAGCUUGGAACAGUGGUGUAUAGUUCCUAUCAACAUAAACACAGUCGGUUAGUGCAGAAACAGCUUCUGAAUUCACAAACUUACAGGAGCUGAUGUGUGAUUGAUUAGGAAGAAAUUGGGGAGCACAGGAAGAAAGUGGGGAGCCUAGAGAACAGAGCAAGCACAUGCGCAAAACAAAUACUUAUGUGGUUCACCUUUAAAAGGAAAGGAGACCAUACAUGGGGCAACCUUGUGGUUAUCUAACCCACUGGCUCACUGGCAGAACAGGUUGAUGGAGUGUGAUUCUCCUAUGCAUAUUGCAUAUUGCAAAGUAGCAUUGUUCCAUUUACAGUAAUUGAGUGGAUCUGAGGAGACAUGAGGAGGAGCUAAAGCUACUCUCACUUCUUUGCCUGGUGAUGCCCUAUCCAUUUGUCUAUAAGGAAAAACCAGAAAUUAUAUUUUCAGUUUGGGCAAAGCAACUGUAAGUGGUAAUCUACCAAAACCACUUAACCUAAUGAGCUACAUAUACCCUGAAUAUUGGGCAGAAUGGUUAAAACCAAACAAACUUCUAAACUAAAUUUUGCCAUGUAUAGCCAAUCUACAGUUAUCAUUGGUACAGGUGUGGGGCCUACUAUCCAGAAUGCUUAGGACCUUGGGUCUUUCUCUAAUUUAGAUCACCAUAAGGCUACUGAAAGCUAAAAAGUAAAACAUCCAAUAGGAUUGUUUUGCCACCAACAUGGUACUGGUACAAGGUACUAUGUUAUUAUUAAGGAACUUGUGGAUAAUAUAUCCUGUGUAUCUCUAUGGCCUCACCCUUUGUUUCUAGCAAACAAAGUGCAGUGUUCACAGUUACACAUGCCUGAUGAAGGAAGGCUACUUCAGAAUCCACAAUCUUGAACAUUAUAUCACUUAAAUAAAAUGAUUAAUCAAACAAUGACUUGUGAUAAAGAACCUUGAUUCCUGUAAAAAUAUGUAUUUAUAUUAAAGAGCAAAUAUUGAGCAUACCAUAUGUCAAACACAGUGCAUCAACUCUCCCAAACCAUUGCAAUAAUGUAUCCUACAGUAUAUCAACUCCAUGCUGAGAGCAAACUUAAUACCUUCACCAGUUGCAAACUGCUGAAUUAUUCUAGCCAACAGGGCAACUUUAGACACAACUGCAGGCCAUAAGCAUUUUCACUUGAGCCUGUGGGCAUCUUGACCAAGCAUUCAGCAGUUUCCCAGAGCUGAAGGAGUUUGACUACAAGUUGGAGAAAACUUUCCCUUGCACUUUUUAAUGUACUCACAAAGGGAAGGCCAGGAAACUGGCUCCCACCUUCUGACAAGCUAAAUAUUACUGGUGGUUGUACAAGCAUACACUGUUUUUAAGGACUUCUCUGUGAGGCUUGUAUUACAUUUUCUCGUUGAUAAGUGUUUCUGUCCUAUAAACACAUGCAAAUGUUGCAAGAAAUGCUGCCUUAGACUAGUAUAACUAUGUUAGCACAGAUGUGUGAAAUGGAUGAUACAAAUCCAGACAUAGUUUGGCAACUUUCAUGGCAUCCUUAGUGUUUGUGAAAUGUAAACCAUCAGGUCUUAAGGCAUACAAAACUGUGAAGUAACAUGUGAGUCAAUGAAAUAUCUGUAGCAUUGUGGGUUACAAAAUGUAUAUUAUAUUGUAGCAGUAUGUAGACCACUGUUGAUAUUUAAGAUGAACAAAAUAAAAACCAAGAAUAGUUUAACUGUUCAAGAAGAACAGUUAUUUAUGGCACAGGAUUUUAUUAACAGAGAUGUGUUUCUGUGAAGUUAACCCCCUUGCUUAAAACAGGGAUAACAGAGAUGCGUUCCAAGUGCAGUCAUCCAGUAUAUGCCCAUUUCUUCCAGUAAAACCAGUUAAAUGAACAGUAAUGACAUUCAUUAGCUCAAUCCCCUUGAGUUUUACAGAUGAUACUGUGAUCUUCGGCACCCAGGUAGACAACGCCGCCCCCAGAUCUUUGCUGCCCUAGGCACGGGCCUUCCCACAAAUCAGGGCCUGCAGGUAGAGCGAGGUGUAUGUAUUUCUGGUUAGUCAGUGAGCUAUCCAAUUGGCCCUGCUGGAACAUCCUUGGAAACAUUCCUCAAACCACAAUACUGAAGUGAACAAUAAAAUAAUUAAAAUGAAACACACUUCAAUCAAAUCUGAUAUUUUAUUAACAAAUAUAUUAGCUAAACACUCACAUUGGCCAGUGAUAUUUAAACGAAUGAUUUGCGAUUACCCCAGUGAUGGAAUGGGUCAUACCACCAAUGAGUAUUAUUUUUUAUCUUUGUGAACAAGCAGAUAUUUUAAAAUAUAUUUAACAUAGACGUAAUUUAGGGAAAAAAAAAGUUUUUAUUUGUCUGGUUAUGCUAUUAGGAGCAACAUCUCUAAUCAAAAAAUGUUAUUGGCUAACAGUCAGCCAUCAGAAUGUUGUGGACUAAACUACAUGCUACAUCAAGACUGUUUGGUGGUAAUUCCAGGAAGGACAGACAGACAUGAGCGUUGUCAUUCCACAUUCCAUUAUGAUUUAUUCUUCCAUAAGAAAGUCAGUUGGCAUGGCAGAGAGCACAGAAGUCAACAACCUGAACAAACUGUUUUGGGGCACGUACCAUAUUUCUGCUCAUCGCAACCAUGACAUUAGAAACUAUGCCUUAGAUUUAUUCAAACACAUAAAAUGAAUGCAUUGUCUUUACAGGCUGACAUUACUGGCAAGCGCCCAGCGACCAAUGACAUAUUGGGGCUGAUUUACUAACCCACGAAUCCGAAUUGGAAAAAUUCAGAUUGGAAAACGAACAUUUUGCGACUUUUUCGUAUUUUUUGCGAUUCUUUCGUAGCCGUUACAACUUUUUCGUAAAUUGUCGCGACUUUUUCGUAACCAUUACGACUUGCGCGUAUCUUGUCGCGACUUUUUCGUAUUGAGCGCUCGUAAACUGCGGGCAAAACUUUCAGACUUAGCAUGAUUUUGGAAGCCUCCCAUAGGACUCAAUGGCACUCUGCAGCUCCAACCUGGCCCAAGGAAAAUCUCCCAUAGGACUCAAUGGCACUCUGCAGCUCCAACCUGGCCCAAGGAAAGUCUCCCAUAGGGCUCAAUGGCACUCUGCAGCUCCAACCUGGCCCAAGGAAAGUCUCCCAUAGGGCUCAAUGGCACUCUGCAGCUCCAACCUGGCCCAAGGAAAGUUUCCCAUAGGGCUCAAUGGCACUCUGCAGCUCCAACCCGGCCCAAGGAAAGUCUCCCAUAGGGCUCAAUGGCACUCUGCAGCUCCAACCUGGCCCAAGGAAAGUUUCCCAUAGGGCUCAAUGGCACUCUGCAGCUCCAACCUGGCCCAAGAAAAGUCACCAUACUGAAGCUUGAAUGAAUCCGAAACAGUUUGCGCAAGUCGUAACACUACGAAAAAGUCAUAACGGCUACAAAAAGUCGCGUCAAUUUCCGAAAAAAUUUGAUCAUUACGAAAAAAAACGCAUUCGGACACUUUUCGGACGUUCGUGGAUUAGUAAAUGUGCCCCAUUGAGUUCCUAAAUAUAAUUCUCCAAAAUAAUAGGCUUUUUAUACUAGCCAAUUAUACUUUUUUGUAUAGGGCAAAAACUCACUUAUUUAUACUCAAGCAUCUUUACAUUGAUAUGUUUAUACACGGAUAUAGAAAAAAAAAAAUAGGGAUGCACUGAACCCAUCAUAAGGGAUUAAGCCGAAUACCGAGCUGGUUAAAGGCCCACUUCCAUGUUCAUGCGGACAUUUAACCCUUCCAAAUCCUAAUUAGCAUAUGGUAAUUAGGAUUCGGCUGAAUCCAAACCCUGCCGAAAAAAGGCUGAAUCCUGGAUUCACUUCUAUCUGUAGGUAUAAUAAAUCCCCCUGGCUAAGCUGAUUGCAUACAGAUACAUUGCAGAUGAUACAUUUAUUAGGAACUAGCAUGAACUAACACCAGAUUAGAAUUAUUCACAGGAAAACUAACCUGUACAUCUUCUAACUGCAAUAAUAACCAGGAGCAAGGCAAACUUCCAUUCCCAUACCUACUGUAUAAAUAAAAAGGAGGACCCAACUUCUGACACAUUUUAACAUUAAAACAAGAAUGCCCAUGCCAGCCUACAUUCUACCAGCCUUUCUGCUAUAGAUAGAAAGGAUCUGAUUUCCCUUUCCCUUGCUUUCCAAAGCAAACACAUAUUUAACGAUAUCUUUAUGACGUUUCUUAAAAAGAGACACAAAGGAAAUGGUCUCUUAUUAAAACUUUAUACUAACAAACAGACUUGUCCUGUAUAAUGGUUCUUAAUAGUAUAGAAUUUUAGUAAAGGGAUUCUGUCAUGAUUUUUAUUGUGCACUUUUUAUUUCUAAAUUACACUGUUUACAUAGUAUUUUUUUCCCUUUCUUCCCAUUGUUCUGCUGAUCGGCUGCUGGGAGGGGGGUGAUAUCACUCCAACUUGCAGCUCAGCAGUAAAGUGUGACUGAUGUUUAUCAGAGCACAGGUCACAUGGCUGUGGCAUCCUGGGAAAUGAAGAAUAUGGCUAGCCCCAUUUGAAAUUUCAAUGUUUGCAUUUGUAAUUCAAUACUGGAUUCUGCAGGAAGCUCUAUUAACUGAUGUGUUUUAAAGAAACAUGUUUUCCCACAACAAUAUUCCUUUAAGAGACAUAGUUGCUUUGGGACUCACAAACUCCUUUGAAGCCAGCAUCAUCAAAAAAA